AUGGACUUUGGACAUUUAGACUAUGGGCAUUUAGACUUUGGACAUUUAGACUUUGGACAUUUAGACUUUGGACAUUUAGACUUUGGACAUAUAGACUUUGGACAUUUAAACUUUGGACAUUUAGACUUUGGACAUUUAAACUUUGGACAUAUAGACUUUGGACAUUUAAACUUUGGACAUUUAGACUUUGGACAUUUAGACUUUGGACAUUUAGACUUUGGACAUUUAGACCUUGGACAUUUAGACUUUGGACAUUUAGACUUUGGGCAUUUAGACUUUGGACAUUUAGACUUUGGACAUUUAGACUUUGCACAUUUAGACUUUGGACAUAUAGACUUUGGACAUUUAGACUUUGGACAUUUAGACUUUGGACAUUUAGACUAUGGACAUUUAGACUUUGGACAUUUAGACUUUGGAUAUUUAGACUAUGGACAUUUAGACUUUGGACAUUUAGACUUUGGACAUUUAGACUAUGGACAUUUAGACUAUGGACAUUUAGACUUUGGACAUUGGACCUUUUUAGACUAUGGACAUUUAGACUUUGGACAUUUAGACUAUGGACAUUUAGACUUUGGACAUUUAGACUAUGGACAUUUAGACUUUGGAUAUAUAGACUUUGGACAUUUAGACUUUGGACAUUUAGACUAUGGACAUAUAGACUUUGGACAUUCAGACUUUGGACAUUUAGACUUUGGACAUUUAGACUUUGGACAUUUAGACUUUGGACAUUUAGACUUUGGACAUUUAGACUAUGGACAUUUAGACUUUGGACAUUUAGACUAUGGACAUUUAGACUUUGGAUAUAUAGACUUUGGACAUUUAGACUUUGGACAUUUAGACUAUGGACAUAUAGACUUUGGACAUUUAGACUUUGGACAUUUAGACUAUGGACAUUUAGACUUUGGACAUUCAGACUUUGGACAUUUAGACUAUGGACAUUUAGACUUUGGACAUUUAGACUAUGGACAUUUAGACUUUGGAUAUAUAGACUUUGGACAUUUAGACUUUGGACAUUUAGACUAUGGACAUAUAGACUUUGGACAUUCAGACUUUGGACAUUUAGACUUUGGACAUUUAGACUUUGGACAUUUAGACUAUGGACAUUUAGACGUUGGACAUUUAGACUAUGGACAUUUAGACUAUGGACAUUUAGACUAUGGACAUUUAGACGUUGGACAUUUAGACUAUGGACAUUUAGACUCAGGACAAAAUUAA